AUGACAAUGACCAAGGGCGAUGUCGAGAAGAACGAUAGCCAUGUUGAGCACCUUGAUUAUAUGGGGGAUGGCCUCAAGACAAGCCCUCAAUAUGAUCGAUUUGGGUCUGCAGUAAAGUCCGACCCGAAAGAGAUCGCUCUCGUCAAAAAGAUUGAUAUUCAUAUGAUGCCAAUCCUUUGGCUGAUGUAUUUUCUCAACUUUCUGGAUCGGAAUGCCAUGGUCAACGGAAAACUCAAUAGCUUGACCAAAGAUCUCAAUCUCCAUGGAUCUCAGUACAAUACAUGUGUUAGUAUAUUGUUCGUUGGCUAUUUAGCUGGCCAAAUUCCUUCGAAUAUGUUACUUAAUCGCAUCAAACCGGCAUAUUUCAUGGCGGGAUUCAUGAUGGCUUGGGCAAUCGUUUCCACAUUGACGUGCCUGGCCAAAGACUACCACGGAAUGCUAGUUUGCAGACUUGUCCUCGGCUUCGUGGAAGCUCCUUUCUACCCAGGAGCCUUGUUCAUGAUUGCCCAAUUUUACACCCGCAAAGAAGCACCAACACGUAUGGCUAUACUCUAUACUGGAAACAUGCUAGCCAGUGCUUUUUCCGGGCUCAUCGCAGCCGGAGUAUUUGCUGGUCUAGAUCAAAAACAUGGGCUUGCUGGAUGGAGAUGGCUAUUCCUCAUCCAGGGAAUUGCCACGGUUGGAGUUGCCAUUUUAUCUGUUUUCCUUUUGCCUAAUUCACCACUACAAACUCGCUGGCUUACACUCGAAGAGCGACAAAUGGCACACGACCGCAUCGCACGCGAUACGACAGAGAAGAAAGAGGGCACUAGUACCUGGAGGGGACUCCGAGAGGCCUGUUCGGACUAUCGGACUUGGAUCUUUGCUAUUAUGUGCAAUCUCCACUUGUCUGCGAACGGAUUCAAGAACUUCAUGCCUACUGUUGUGAAGACUCUCGGGUUCAACUCUACUAUCACGCUAGUUCUCACCUGCCCACCUUAUCUGAUUGCGACAUUUACUUCCGUUGCGGUGUCGUGGUCAUCAGGCCGAUUCAACGAGCGAACUUGGCAUAUUACCGUCUCUAAGGUGCUUGCAAUUGUUGGAUUUGCCCUUGCAUGUGGCACUUUAAAUAUCGGCGCACGCUAUUUUGCCAUGAUACUGUUUGUGGGCGCCACAUACGGGGUGAACAACAUCAACAUUUCCUGGGUGGCCGCAACAGUUGGUCAGACGGACGAGAAGAAAGCAGUGGCUAUUGCCCUGACAAACACGCUGGGGAAUAUUGCAAGUGUUUACACCCCUUACUUGUGGCCCGAUAGUGAUGCCCCACGUUUUUCAAUGGCUAUGUAUUGUAGCAUUGGAUUCUCGGCCGGCGUGGUGAUUCUGGCUUGGGUUAUGAGAGUGAUCCUCAUGAAAGAAAACCGGAAGAUUCGUGCGAUUGACUCGGAAGUGAUCAAUCUUUAUGCAUAUUGA